GAUUCACUGCCUAUUGAGCUGCUCAUCCAUAUCUUCUCCUUCUGCAUUGAACAAGACCCUGACGUUGCGGCGUCCCUUUCACUCGUUACUCAUCUGUGGCGGGACAUUCUAACGGACCUACCCUCUCUCUGGACCCACCUCCACCUCAGUGAUGCGCAAUUCGACUCGCGACGGCUGCGAGCCAAGGCAGAUCUCUGGUUGUCGCGUAGCUCUACGCUUCCCCUUGAUAUCGACCUCGAUACGCGCCACAGGGACUCUGUGCUUCCAUUACUCUCAUAUGCGCUUCAAGGAGCACCCAAGUGGCGGAGUGUGUCAUAUCUGCACUCGCGAAUGCGUUUCCUGACGGUGAAAGAUGGUGCGGAGCCGCGCUUGGAAUCUCUGCUUAUAACGCUAGCACCGAAGAAGGCGAUGGAGAGUGAUCUGCAGCUGGUCUCACCGGAGGAAGCGAAUAGUCCUAGAACGUGGUGGGGAGGCAGGGAUUCUCCAAUGACGAAGAAUUUCAAAGCGGAUGGUGAACGACUUCGAGAAAUGUAUGUUCUUGGUGUACGACGCCUACCGUCUCCAGAGCAGGUCGCUCCAUUUGACGCGGUGACCUCGCUCGUGCUGAUGAAUAGCAGUACGGAAUGCGAUUUCCCGAUGCACCAAACUGUUCCCUUCCUUUCUGCAUUCCCGGCCCUACAAUCUCUUGAACUGUCCAACUUCAACGAGCUCUUCCUUGUGCACGACCCAGAGUACAGACCAGAUUGCGGGCAGGUUGCACCUGCGGUGCUCCCAAAUCUGCGUCGACUUUCUGUACGGGGGAUCUGCUCAUCGCGAUGUAUCCUCAGUCAUCUACGUGCACCGAAACUACAGUCUCUCAUCCUCGUGCAUAUCAAUUCAUCCAGCAUUUUUGAACACCCGACACCCGGUGAACCAGGAGAUAGCGAAGACGAAGCACAUGAUUUCUCCCGAUCGCCAUGGACGGACCACGCAACCGGCAUGGGUCUCCGACGGCUCUUCGCAGAGGGCGACUGCGAGUUGCGAGAACUUGUGAUGGACUACGCAGAUCUCCGCACGAAGGACUUUCGCUGGUUAUUCGAGAGGCUUCAUCGUCUGGAGAAGUUCACCAUCGUCGCAUCGGACAUGUCAGAUAACGUCAUGCGCGCUCUCGAAGUAGACAUUCCCUAUGACUCUGAUGACGAGGAAGACUGGCAACUCGUUGAUGAGACAGUACAACUACACACUCGGGCAAUUCCACUUCGCCCACCAAUCCUUCCAAAUCUCACACGUCUCAAGUUCUCGAAAUGUCAAAAGAUGUCAGGAGAGGCCGUCGUUCGUAUGAUCCACUCGCGUGUA